UCAUCGCGACGUGCCCUUGCUGCAGUUUAAAGCAGAUCCGGAGACCCCGUGCAUUUGCCAACGCCCGGUGGAGACGGUCGGUUUUCGGGGGAGGGGAUCUGUAAUACAUUGGAUCCAGUGUGAAAGUGGAGAAUAGUGACCAACAACUAUGCAGACUAUUAAAUGUGUUGUAGUUGGUGAUGGUGCUGUUGGUAAAACAUGUCUCUUGAUUUCCUAUACUACAAACAAAUUUCCAUCAGAAUAUGUUCCUACAGUAUUUGAUAACUAUGCUGUAACAGUUAUGAUUGGAGGUGAACCAUAUACCUUAGGACUGUUUGACACUGCAGGUCAGGAAGACUAUGACCGAUUACGACCACUGAGUUAUCCACAGACUGACGUAUUCCUCGUGUGCUUUUCUGUUGUGUCACCAUCUUCUUUUGAAAAUGUUAAAGAAAAGUGGGUACCUGAGAUAACUCACCACUGUCCAAAGACUCCAUUCCUGCUGGUUGGGACUCAGAUUGAUCUAAGGGAUGACUCCUCAACCAUUGAAAAGCUUGCCAAGAACAAACAGAAGCCCAUUAUCCUGGAUAAUGCUGAAAAACUGGCCAAGGAUCUGAAAGCAGUCAAAUAUGUGGAGUGCUCUGCUCUGACACAAAGAGGUCUGAAGAAUGUAUUUGACGAGGCUAUCCUAGCUGCCCUCGAGCCACCGGAAACUCAAAGGAAGCGGAAAUGCUGUAUAUUCUAAGCAUCCCUCCAUCUUUUCUCUGUAUCCAAUCCUAUAGAAAUGCUCUUCAAAUGCAUCCUUUUUAAACUGUUCCAUUCUCUCCUUCAUAUGGACAUGUAAAAGUUGCUGGGUGCCGUUUUGGACCUCUCCAAACGUUUCUACUCCUGUAAUUGUGGUGUACUCUUCUAGGCAUUGUACAGUUGCACCUUUUCUCCCUGCCCAGGUGUCUUCCUGUUAAUUUGAUUGAAAUAAAGUUGGUUCAAAUUAGUUUCCUGGCUCUCCAUGUUGGAGACAUGUAUAAAUGGAGCUGAUGGCAUUCUAUAUGGAUAUUUGAUGUCUGCUUGUUUUCUUUCCCUCACCUGUGUGGGAAAACAAGGGUGUCCUUCAUCUCUGUAGCUGUUAACAAAUUGGCUAAAUUUAUUUCACCCGAGGGUAGUGCCAGUGUGGCAUUUUUGCAUUACUGCCUCUGCCAUUACUGUGACUUCAAUACCUGAGGCUUUAACAGCAUAUCUUUUAUUUUUAGUCUCCUAGCAAUAGUUGUUGCAGAAAUUUUCUAAAUUCUGUCCUACUUCCUGUCUCCUUUUUUAUUUAGAACAUUGCAAGAAAAAUCUCCAGUUUUGUUUUAAAGUACCUCCUUUCUUGACUUAAAUUUCUAAUGUAUUGCAAAGCAAAAUUAGAUUAGUGCUGAAGAUUGGGCAACAGCUUCAGUUUGUGCAGCUGGUAAAGCACAAGGAGAUUCUCGCAUGGAGACAGUUCUUUAAGCAAUAUUGCAAAAACUGCAGUUAUGCUAAAUACUGUUUAGCUACAGCCAAGUUUUGCAAAAUGAGCAUCAUUGAAGCUGCUAUCUAAAUAAAACUUUGACAAAGUGCUUAGUGCCUAGAGCCAGCCUGUUGUACAAAUGUUAGUUGGGUGCUUGAGUAGCUAUUGUCUUUUGUCCCCAAGAUUUAAAUAUUGAAUGUCCUUAACCACUGAGUCCCAACAACUUUGCCAGUGGCAGGCUUUAAGUUUCCUUCAUAGAAGUUGUCUUUGCAAAGCAGAAUUUAGCUAUAGGGACUUUUUUGUCCAUUUGAGUUAAGGUGGUUAGUGGUAGCUGUUGUGUAGAAUAGUGUACAGUAAAUAUCAGCAUGUUAUGGUGCCAACAUCCCAGAUACAAGCUUUAAAUUUGAUGUAUUUGCUAAAUCAUAAACAUAAUGAAAAUGUGCAUUUCAAGUGAUUCAUUCUGGUGCUGCUGUUGUGUAGGGGUUGGGGGGUGGGUAGUAUUCUGUUGGAGUUGCAAUCAUUGGGUAUAGUGAUGGACUGUCCUGUUGGAACAAGCUUAAAUUAAAUGGUUUCCUUGCCUGGAGUAGAUAGAGUCCAAGAAGUUUGUCUUUCAUUUAGACCAAGUCUGAAGUGAUAAACUAUUAGUUAUGACUAAUUGUGGAUAAAAGUAAAGCUUCCAUGGUAUGUUUUUCAAUUAUAUUUAAAAUUUGAUAUGACCUUGAGUGUAGCAAAUUCCAGAGUGAGGAUAACCUGGUGCUGUUUGGUCAUGAGUUUAAGGUCAAUUUGUGAAGAAACUAUUCCACCACAAAGAUGGUGACCUUGGUAAAGGUAUACUUUUUAAAAUCCUUUUGCAGUUGCAACCUUGGGUAUUUCAACUUGAUCAGUAGUAGCUCUUUAGAAUGUCUUCUGUAACUGUGCAUCUUUAAUAUUAAUCGUGUCAUCAAGAUUUGUUUCCCAAAUGUAGUUUCUUUUGGUUUGGUUCUUUUUAUUUUUGAAUCUGUAACAAAUGAGACCCCACCUUUCUCUCCCACUUUCCAGAAAGGACUAAAGAAUGUAUUUGACGAAGCGAUAUUGGCAGCCCUGGAGCCACCAGAACCCAAGAA